UUUCCGAGGGGGUCGUGAAGGCGGCAUCAGUCUCCUGGAUCCUGGGUGUGUGCGGGCAGUCCAGUUCAGAGACUGAGAGAGAAAACACCAGCAACAUCUCAACGUGAGCCCAGCGGUGCCUGUCAUCGUGCUUGUUACUCCUUCUCCAGCGAACGGGCUGAGAAUGGCAAACUACGCGAGCUAGUUUCUGAAGAGGACGCAAAUUCAAGGGGAACUGUGCUAAAACUGCCAGGUUGAGUCAUUAGUUGCACCAUUUACCUGCAAAAAAAAGGACCAGGGGCACAGUGGAAAUGCAGACUUUCCUGAAAGGCCGGAGAGUCGGCUACUGGCUCAGCGAGAAGAAGAUGAAGAAACUGAAUUUCCAGGCCUUUGCUGAUCUGUGCAGGAAAAGAGGAAUAGAAGUUGUUCAGCUGGACCUCAGCCAGCCUCUAGAGGACCAUGGACCCCUGGAUGUCAUCAUCCACAAACUGACUGACCUUAUCCUUGAGGCUGACCAGAAUGAUUCACAGGCUGUACUGUUGGUACAAAGAGUACAGGACUACAUUGAUGCCCAUCCUGAAACUAUCAUCCUGGAUCCACUUCCAGCUAUCCGAACUCUGCUGGAUCGCUGCAAAUCCUACCAGCUCAUCCACAGAUUAGAAAGCUGUAUGCGAGAUGAGAGGAUUUGCUCUCCUCCAUUCAUGGUCCUCAACACUGAGUGCAGCCCAGACGUGCUGGAGCAAAUCAAGAGGCAAGGACUCUCAUUCCCCUUCGUUUGCAAAACACGGGUGGCUCAUGGCACCAACUCCCAUGAGAUGGCCAUUAUCUUCAGUGAAGAGGACCUGAAGGAUGUGAAGCCUCCUUGUGUGAUUCAGAGUUUCAUCAACCAUAACGCAGUGCUUUACAAAGUGUUCGUGGUGGGAGACUCCUACACUGUAGUGGAGAGACCUUCCCUUAAGAACUUCCCUGCUGGACCUGCAGACAGGAGAGCCAUUUUCUUCAACAGCCACAAUGUUUCCAAACCAGAGUCGUCCUCAGACUUGACCUCGAGAGAGAACGUGGAGGGAGUGUCUCAGCCACCCAGUGAUGAUGUCAUCAGAGAAUUGUCCAGGUCAUUGCGAGAAGCACUGGGCGUGUCCCUGUUUGGCAUCGAUGUAAUCAUCAACAAUCAAACAGGCCAGCACGCUGUCAUUGACAUCAAUGCAUUCCCAGGUUACGAGGGCGUCCCCGAGUUUUUCAACGACCUCCUUAACCACAUCAGCAGCGUGCUUCAGAGCCACAACCCUGACUUUCCUCCUGCCGGCGAACAGCCCAAAAGCCUCCCGGUGAGCACCACGGUACCCAACACUGCCCCGCCAGCCCCGGGCUGCUGCAGCAUGCUGGGAAAAGAGCUGCAGAGACUGGGCUGCAACUCUAUGUCACCCAACUUCCAGCAGCACUGUGUCUCCACGAUAGCUACCAAGGCUUCCUCCCAGUGACUGACUUUCUUUUUUUUCUUUUAUUUUCUUUCUCUCCCAUCCCCUUACCUCCCUAUUUGAUCCCUGAACAAAUAACGGAUGACAGUGGUGAUAAUAAUAAUAAUUAAUAAUCAUAGUAAAUAUGAUGUUAAUGAUGAUAAUAUAUCUAAUCGAGACACAAACCUUUUUCCUAUAUAGUUAUUGGAAAUAAUGGUGAUUGGAUGUAAGCUUUUCUUUUCCUCUGCCUUUUUUUCCCUCGUUUUGUCUAAUGAGACUUUAACAGUACUGUAAUGUGAGCUUUGGGAACUUUUGUCUAAUAGCUGAUUUUAUUUUUCUCUCUCUUGCGUGAGGUCUCUGUGAUGAAAGGGUCCAGAAGAGGUAACUAAUUAGAAUGGCCGAAUCAGGACUGGAGAAUGAUGUGCCACUAGAUGUGCAAUGUAUGAUCCCUUGUAUCUCUCUCACACUCACUUACACACAGGCACAUUUACACUGUGGCCAACUGUGCCAGUGAUGUGUGUUUGUAUUCUGGUCAAUACCACUGAGUGCUACGUGCAAGGGCGUAGAGAGAGGAGGCGUUUGGGCAUUUGAACACUACUCCACAGAUCCCAGGUUGCUAUGUGACUGUGGCCAAUCGACUGCAGAGAGUGAUGAGAUUGUUUUAUUGGUUUAAACAAACAGGGGAGCAGUGUUUUGUUUUUUUUCUUUCCCGAGUGCCAUUAAAUAUAAUUUGAGUGUAGGAGGAGAAAAGAAAAAGAGCAUUAUUUUUCAAAUCUUAAGAGGAUAAAAUCUCCAUGACCAUGUGACCAAGUUUCUUUUCGUAAUGAUUGUUAUGGUGUGUGGGUGGGGGUGUUUUUCUGUGUGUUAGAUAAACAAACUACAUCCUUUUUGAGUCGCAGUUUGAGUCGCUCCAGUGCAGUAAGAUGAGGAUCACAUUCCCAUGUUAUCUGUCUGUGGAUGUUUUCCGAGAAAUUCCAUGAUUUUUCAGAAUUCCAGUGGGGGUUGUAGUCUCCUUAAACAGACUCCCCAAGUGUCUUCACUGCUUGUAUCUGUCACGCGAGCAAACUGAGGCAAACUUGACCGACGGACAGACUUGGGGCUGCUGUAUAGCUUGUCACUUGGGAUUAAUAAGAAAAUCAGGUGUGUGUGUGUGUGUUUUUGUUUGAAUACCCAACUAAAGUGAGUAUUCAUCUGAACAGUCUGAGAUAAUUGAGUUAUUUGUUCAGCUUUAUUAACUAAACCAACAGUCCAAUCCACUCAUGUGCUUCAAACCUUAUUCUCUGACCUGUCUGCUGUUCCAGCUGCUGUAUUUGUGUCACAUUUUAAGUGAAGGGAGUAGGUGGAGGUCCAGCUGUCGUUCCCAGUGUUCACUGUGAGAUUUUUUUUUUUAUUUUUUUUUUAACGAGUUUGUUAAAAUCUUAUAAUGUCCUUACAUCUACUAAGAGCAACUUUAUUUUGAGAUUUUAUGGGGGAAAUGUUUUAUAUAAAUGAAAGCAGUGAUGUUUUUGAAAAAGUGGGGAUUUACGUAGAGGGACGGUAAAAUUCUGGGUCUUGCUGUUCAGGUGACGUGAAAGGGACAGAUCAGCUGAGCGGUUGUUGCAUCCCUCUAGCAUCUAGUGGGAAAUGAGUGCCAACCUGCAGCAAAUACAGAUUACUGCGUUCCUUCUCUUGUCCCAGAGAGCUCCCCUUGCUGUUUUCUUUCCUCCAUCAGCAUCCAAGGGAACCCACCGUCCUCUUGCUUGCCCUGUGAGCGGAUAUAUUUGUGUCAUUGCGGCCACCUCACCAGCAUCUCUCUGGGACAAAAGAAGAGCGACGGCACAGUGGAAGUUGGCCUUCGCUACAUGUGUAAACAACCCUUCUGAGUAUCCUGGUUUUGAUUUGCCUUCAGAAUGUAGUGAAGCAACAAUAAAUUCAAAAGUACCACACCAGGUUAAAAUGAGUCUAGGUGUUUCCUCACCUAGGAAGCUGUGGUCGAGUCCCUGUUUAAAUUGGAAAAGGCUGAGUAUCUGUGUACGCCACUAUACUGUGUCCUAUCUCGUGUUCUUUACUGUGCUUCUAAAUGGGAAAUAUAAAUGGUUAAUCCCACUCUUGGUCAUUUCUGCAACCCAGAUGGUGUCAUCAUGCUCCCGGCUUCCACCUGAAUGUGUACUUCUUGGGUGUCUUGUACAGUACGUGUAUAUGCGCCUAUGCUUGCAUCCGUACAGUAUGUCGUUUUGUAUCGGUUCUGUAAUCGAGAAGAAUCCUCAAUUUUGUGACUUUUUUUAAUUAAAUGGCCAAUUCAACAGGGCAAAAUAAACAUGUGAAACUAC